CCUCUCCUACAGGAGCCGGCCGUUUCUGCUGCUCGGUUCCGGGCUGGGCGCGGUGGCGUUGCCUCGGAGCCUGCCGCCCGCGGGGCGCGCACCGCCUUGACCCCGGCGGCCCCGCGGCAGGCAGGCGCCCGCAGUUCCAUGGUUGGUUCGGAGCGCGAUGAGCCGCCCGUCCUCCACCGGCCCCAGCGCUAACAAACCCUGCAGCAAGCAGCCGCCGCCGCAGCCUCAGCACGCUCAGUCCCCGGCUGCGCCCCCGGCCGCCGCCACCAUCUCGGCUGCGGGCCCCGGCUCGUCCGCGGUGCCCGCCGCGGCGGCGGUGAUCUCGGGCCCCGGCGGCGGUGGCGGGGCUGGCCCGGUGUCCCCGCAGCACCACGAGCUGACCUCGCUCUUCGAGUGCCCGGUCUGCUUUGACUAUGUCCUGCCCCCCAUCCUGCAGUGCCAGGCCGGGCACCUGGUGUGUAACCAAUGCCGCCAGAAGUUGAGCUGCUGCCCGACGUGCAGGGGCGCCCUGACGCCCAGCAUCAGGAACCUGGCUAUGGAGAAGGUGGCCUCGGCAGUCCUGUUUCCCUGCAAGUAUGCCACCACGGGCUGUUCCCUGACCCUGCACCACACGGAGAAGCCAGAACACGAAGACAUCUGUGAAUACCGUCCCUACUCCUGCCCUUGUCCCGGUGCUUCCUGCAAGUGGCAGGGGUCCUUGGAAGCCGUGAUGUCCCAUCUCAUGCACGCCCACAAAAGCAUUACCACCCUCCAGGGAGAAGACAUCGUCUUUCUAGCCACAGACAUUAACCUGCCGGGGGCUGUCGACUGGGUGAUGAUGCAGUCGUGCUUUGGCCAUCACUUCAUGCUGGUGCUGGAGAAACAAGAGAAGUACGAGGGCCACCAGCAGUUCUUCGCCAUCGUGCUGCUCAUUGGCACCCGCAAACAAGCCGAGAACUUUGCCUACAGACUGGAGUUGAACGGGAACCGGCGGAGACUGACCUGGGAGGCCACGCCCCGGUCCAUCCACGAUGGGGUGGCCGCGGCCAUCAUGAACAGCGACUGCCUUGUUUUUGACACAGCCAUAGCGCAUCUGUUUGCAGAUAAUGGCAACCUUGGAAUCAACGUGACCAUUUCUACAUGUUGUCCAUGAGGCACCGAGGUUAUUUGGGCGCAGUGCUCUGUGGUUAAUAAAGGUUUUUAUAGAUGUUUUA